CCCGCUGAGUCGCUCAUGAUCAGCAUCUGGUGGGCACUAAAUAGAACGCGACCCUCUUGCGGCUCUUAAGCGCUGUCACACAGCCAGUUGCCGCGAACUCCUAUAUAGCCCUCUGUCCAGCAAAUCACUCGGCGUCCAAAAAAAACUGGAGUUAGCUUGAGACGACACUACAGCAAAUCCGCGCCUCCCGCUUAGUAAUUUUGAAACAUAAGCUUCGACGUAUAAUUGGAACAGACGGAACACACACACUGGACUCUACAGCAACAGGAAAGCCUAAUGUACUGAUCACAGGGACACCAGGGACGGGGAAAUCCCUCACAGCUGCAGAGCUCUGUGCCAGAACUGGAAUGAGACACGUGGAUGUUGGUCUGGUUGCCAAGCAACAAGAUCUCUAUGACGGUUUCGAUGACCAGUACCAAUGUCCCAUUCUUGACGAGGACAAGGUGAUAGAUGAACUGGAGGAGGUGAUGAGUGAGGGAGGGAAUGUUGUUGACUACCAUGGCUGUGACUUCUUCCCUGAGAGGUGGUUUCAUGUCGUCGUCGUUCUCAGAACAGACAACACCCUGCUCUAUGACCGACUUUCCAAGAGAGGUUACUCGGGGCAGAAGCUGACUGACAAUGUACAGUGUGAGAUAUUCCAGACCAUUUUGGAGGAGGCUCGCGACAGCUACAGCCACAGCAUGGUUCAUGAACUGCCGUCCAACACUCCAGAGAACUUUGAGCAAAACGUGGACAUAAUAUGUACCCUCAUCAGUGAAUGGACUUCGGCUCAUGUUAAAUAGACAUAGUUUCAACAUUCGGUUUUUGCUAAUUUUGAUCACCUGAUGUGCAAUGUAAAGCAGCUCUUACCCACUAAUAAUUUUGGCGUUGCUACUGCCCAGCUGACACACACACACACUGGGCCCAAUCCCAGCCUCAGCUUUUUGUACUUUGUG